AUGUCAGUCACCGGGGUGCCAUUCUACCAUGGGGACAAGGAGGUGGAGAAGUCCCUCAAUGGGACCGAGCCAUCCCUGGCCCCUCUGCGGCUGCACCACAGCAGCAGUUACAUUUGCAAGGGCUGGAUGGACUCCGAGAUCCAUCACCCAGGGGACAGCCACCCCUGGCAGCAAGUGACAGCCUGUCCACAUGGCUGGGGACACCGGGAUGGUCGGGAAGCCCAGACCCUCGGCCUCGCUGGUGCCAAGACCACUCAGCUCUUCAUGGUGCCCCCCUGAAGACCAGCAUUGCUGUGGGACCUGGUGACACUGACCUGCCAGGGCUUGGGGACCGCCGCUGUCACCACCUGGUGCAGGGAUGGGCAGCGCUGGUGGCAGGAGGGACCUGAGAAACUCACUGUCACCCAGAGUGGCACGUACACAUGUGACAGACCCGGGACUGGGCUCAGCCCCCCUGUGACAGUCUCAGACGACUGGUUGGUGCUGCAGGUGUCGACUUGGGAGCUGCUGGAGGGGGACACGGUGACACUGCGCUGCCAGCACUGGCGGGACAUGCCGGUCACUGGAGUGAGAUUCUACCAUUGGGACAAGGAUGUGGAGAGGUCCCUCAGUGGGACCGAGCUGUCACUGUCUCCUCUGCAGCUGCACCACAGCGGCCACUACUAAUGCAGGGGCUUGGUGGUUUCUGAAGUGUCAUCAUGGGUACUUUCAGCACCAGUGACUCUGACAGUGCACGAGCUCUUCUCAGUGCCAGUGCUGGAGGGUCCCCCUGAACACAUCGAGGGGUCCCCCCUGACUCUCAGCUGCCUCAGCACUCCCAGCCCCCUGCGGCCCCGAGCCCCCCUCCUGCACGUGUUCUGCCAGGACGGGCAGGUGGUGGGGCGCCCGCAGGGGUCCCCGCAGCUGCUGGUGCCCACCGUGGGGGUCUCCCACUUGGGGAAUUACAGCUGCCAGGUGCACUCCGAGGCGGGAACUGUGCAGAAGAGCAGCGACAUGCUCCGUGUCACAGUGCACAUGCCCGUGGCCAAUGCCACCAUCACUCCUGGUCUCCCGUCACACCAGGUGCAUGCGGGGGACACGGUGACACUGCGUUGCCGUGGAUGGUGGAACAACACGGUCACCAGGGUGCGAUUCUACCAGGACGAGAAGGAUCUGAGGGGGCCUGUCAAUGGGACGGAGCUGUCCCUGUCCCCCCUGCAGCUGAACCAUAGUGGCCGCUACAGCUGCGGGGGCUUGGCCAAUGCCACCAUCACCCCUGGUCCCCUGUCACACCAGGUGCAUGCAGGUGACCCCGUGACCCUGCGCUGCUCGGUGCAGGUGGGCUCAGCCCCUGUCACCUUCACCUGGCUGCACAACGGGAAGGAGGUGGCACAGGGUCCCCUCCUGGACCUUGGGGCUGUCAAUGUGGGACAUUCGGGAACCUACCAGUGCAUGGCCACCAACCAGCUGGGACAGGAUGAGCACCGCGUGUUCCGAGCAUUCAGCCCAGAGUUGGCCCUGGAGCUGAAACCGCAAAACAAAGGGACACAGAGGGACACAGUGACCGCAGGUGUCGGUGGGGCCCUUUUGUUCCUGCUUCUGCUCGUGGGUGUCAUUGUGGCCUGGCACUGGUGGCACCGUGUGGCUGCCAGGAAGAACCAGGAAAGGGCUCCCCUGGAUCCCCCCGCGCCCCCAGAGGAGGGGGAGGAUCCCCAGGUGACGUACACGGAGCUACGAGGACCCCAGGGGCGACCGCUGGAAUCCAGUGACAUCUACGGGGAUGUGCUGUGA